AUGGAACGGCUUUGCGUGGGGGGCAGCGCCCAGGCGGCGGUGGCCCAACAUCAGCACCAGAGCAGUAGCUACGCGCAUCAUCAUCAGCCCCAGCCGCAUCAUGCCAGCAUGGGCCUUCCAUAUGGCAGUACAGGGACUACGGGAUAUGGGACGCAGGCGUGCGCCAAACCCGGACUAUGGACACCCACAGUACUUUAUCAACGAGCAGGACGGGAUGUAUUAUCAAUCAUCGGGCCUUUCCGCCUCCAAUAUAGGCCCCUAAUUACGGCUCUCUGGCCGGGGCAUACUGCGGGGCGCAGGGGGCUGUCCCCGCCGCACAGUACCAGCACCACGGCUGCGAGGGCCAGGACCACCAGCGGGGUUAUUUGCAGAGCACCUAUGUUGACAUUUCGGCCUCUCAGGAGAGGGAGAAGGACGCAGAGCAAACACACAAGGAAAGACUUUCGACUGGAUGAAAGUCAAGAGGAACCCCCCUAAAACAGGUGAGAUGGGAGAGUCCAAAUAUAAUCACACUGACCCAUGCACGAAAUCGAAACGUUCUUGUCAGAUAAGGUAAUUCAAAGUUCAUUACAAGUAAACCAGGUGACCCAGACAUGUCGACCCACCGCUCAGGUAGGCUAAUGGAUGUGGUAUGCAAAUGCACAUGCACUCUCCAGCCCAUAAGGGACAUGACUGAGGACUGAGGAUAGUGUUGCCUCACUCCACUAUCUCUGAUCCACAACAUAUGGGGAUUUCUCAGCACCAUUCCGGGUCAUAGUGGUAUCUCUGACCAGACAUGCCUCUGGAAGAUUUGCCUGAUAUAUGCCUGUUAUUUUCUCACCGUCUACUCAGCCCGUGCACUAAUGCAUCGAGCAGACCUGCUUUCUUACGCCCUAGGAAGUGACCCAACUCUGUUAUCUUUGACUUGUCCCAGUUCUCGGUUGGCUCCAUUCGUUUUUGUUGGCCUUUUAUAUUCCCCAGCCUUUCCUUCCUCGUAAUGCUUGGCUCGUCUGAAUUGAGUGCCCGACCCACGUUUCAACCUCACUCAGUAGGCCUAGUACUGUGGGCAAAUAUCUUUAAAUAUUAAGGUCGGAAUAUGGAAUUACACGUAUCAUAUGCGUUUAUAUCUCCCCCAACGUAGGGCAGCUUUAUUUCAUUCUUCAGGAGUGAGUAAUGGGAAAAUAAGUAGGAGGUUGGGUCUGUGAACAUGCCUAUAUACAGUAGUCAACAGUUUGGGACUUGAAAUGGUUGGGCGCGUAAUUGAUGACCCCUUUAGUAUCACAUUAUCCAAUCUUCAUUCCCAAAAAAUAUUUUAAUCAUUAAGGAUGAUUUAUGCGGUAUUGAUGUCAAAUCACACUUUUUUUCUUUAGGAGCUUAACAAUAGAACGAUGGAUUGGUGAAUUUAAUAUGACUUCGAAUAUAUGACAAUUUUCAUAUUUUACACAUACAAUUUCCAUAUUGUAGGCAUACAAUCUAUUCCACAUUCUAAUGCGUCCCCCCCCUUUCCCUCUCUUUUUUCACAGCUAAAGUGGCUGACUAUGGAAUGGGACCUCAGAACACCAUCCGCACCAACUUUACAACCAAACAGCUGACCGAGCUCGAGAAGGAGUUUCACUUCAGCAAGUACUUGACCCGGGCCAGGCGCGUGGAAAUCGCUGCCACCCUCGAGCUCAACGAAACGCAGGUGAAAAUCUGGUUCCAGAACCGCAGGAUGAAACAGAAGAAGCGCGAGAAAGAGGGCCUGGCCCCGGCCUCGAGUACGGGUUCCUCCAAGGACCUGGAAGACAACUCCGACCAUUCCAGCUCCAUAUCUCCUGGCGCGUCUCCCAGUUCGGAGACCUAA